UGUAUUCAGCAGCAGGUUGGCAGUGACGUCUCGAUUUUUGAUGUUUAUGAUGCGGUGAUCUUAUCUCCCUCUCUGUAUCCCGUGACGACAAACCAAACGCAAACAAAUAUCGCCCUGAACUUCAACUUGACUAAAGGUGCAGCUCACUUCUCGUUAUCCAAACAAGCUAAAGUCCAGCUGAUCGAAACUCUACAACCCGAUAAAAGCUCCCUGCCGGCUCUUCCUCCUCUUCUGCUCCCAAUCUCUCCUCCACCAUGGCGUCCACCGAGGAGAAACUCGUCUGCUCCAACUGCCACAACGCCAGCGAGGAUCCGCUGAAGGUGAAAUGUGAACACAACUUCUGCUGGGUCUGCAUUGACUGCGUGGUGGACACCCAGAAAGGCUCCGGAGGGUUCAAGUGCCUGGAGUGCCAGGGGGAGAGUCAUCAGCACCCAUUAAUGCAAAGGGCUGUGAGCCUCCUGAGCAGGUCCGAGUUCCUCCAGAGUUCCCCCACCGAGCGGAGCGGGAUCUUCUGCACUUACUGCGUCACCAGUCAGGUCCCGGCGGUGAAGUCUUGUCUGAUGUGCGAAGCGUCUCUGUGUGACGUCCACUUACAAGUCCACAGCAAGUCAGCCGAACACGUCCUUCUUGAGCCCACCACUCACCUAGCCAACCGGAAAUGCUCCACCCACAAGAAGAUCCUGGAGUAUUACUGCACAGAGGACGAAACUUGUAUCUGCGUGUCCUGCCUGCUGUUCGGGCCCCACCAGGGGCACCGCGUGGAAACCCUGGACAUGGUCUCCGACAAGAAGAAGGAGCGGCUGAGAUAUUCUCUGAAAAGCUUGACCUCCAAGAGAGAGGAGACGGAGAAAAGAGUGAAGAGCGGGCAGGAGCGCAAGAAAGAGUCCCAGGAGAAAGCGGCCUCCAUGACGGACAGGGUCAGCUCCCUCUUCAGAGACAUCCGCAGACAGCUGGACACCCUAGAGAAGAGAGUCCAUGCCGAGAUUUCCAGGCAGGAGGAUCAAGUGUCUCUCUCCGUCUCCAGUCUGGUCCAACAGAUGGAAGUGAAGAACCAGGAGCUGUCCAGGAAGAUCCAACACCUGGAAGAGCUGUGUGACAUGGCGGACUCCUUCAUGGUCAUCCAAGAAGAGGAAUCGGAGAGCGAGGCCUUCCAGAACUCGGAGGAAGGAGAGAAUGACAGCAGAGAGAGAUAUUAUAAAGAGAUCUGGAAGAGAGGCCUAGAUGAGGGUUUGAUCUCGGUCAGCGUACACACGGGCCUGUCCGGUAUAGUCACCAACGUCAGGAAGAGGCUCAAUCUACAGGGGGCCACCGACAUAUUACUGGACAUGAACAGUGCCGGGAACGACGUCCACGUUUCCGGGGACCUGAAAACUGCCACCUGGUCACACAUCAACCAGGACCGCGCCGAUCUGGCGGGGAGGUUCCAGUACGAUCAAGUCCUGAGCACCAAAAACUUCUCCUCCGGGCGACAUUACUGGGAGGUGGAGACCAGCGAUUCUGGGGUGUGGUUCUUAGGGGUGAGUUACCCUACUAUCAACAGGAAGGGGCACCAGUCAUGGAUCGGGGACAAUGACAAGUCUUGGUGUCUGCGCAGGUACGAUAACGUCCAAUAUUCCGUCAUACACGACGGCAAGUGGAUCCAGUUACCCCACACUGUGUCCUGCCAGUUGCUGGGGAUCUACAUGGAUUAUGAGGCCGGGCAACUGUCCUUCUACGAGCUCUGCGACCCGAUCCGACACCUCCACACCUUCUCCGCCACCUUCAUCGAGCCCCUCCAUGCUGCAUUCAGUGUCUACAAGUCCUGGGUACGGAUCAGAAGCUAGGAAUGGCCCUAUAGGAAUAACCCAACCCCCUUCCAGACAGUUCCUUGGGAAUGGCCCUAUAGGAAUAACCCAACCCCCUUCCAGACAGUUCCUCAGGAAUGGCCCUAUAGGAAUAACCCAACCCCCUUCCAGACAGUUCCUUAGGAAUGGCCCUAUAAGAAUAACCCAAUCACCUUCCAGACAGUUCCUCGGGAAUGGCCCUAUAGGAAUAACCCAAUCCCCUUCCAGACAGUUCCUUGGGAAUGGCCCUAUAGGAAUAACCCAACCCCCUUCCAGACAGUUCCUCGGGAAUGGCCCUAAAGGAAUAACCCAAUCCCCUUCCAGACAGUUCCUCGGGAAUGGCCCUAUAGGAAUAACCCAACCCCCUUCCAGACAGUUCCUUAGGAAUGGCCCUAUAAGAAUAACCCAAUCACCUUCCAGACAGUUCCUCGGGAAUGGCCCUAUAGGAAUAACCCAACCCCCUUCCAGACAGUUCCUUAGGAAUGGCCCUAUAAGAAUAACCCAAUCACCUUCCAGACAGUUCCUUGGGAAUGGCCCUAUAGGAAUAACCCAAUCCCCUUCCAGACAGUUCCUCAGGAAUGGCCCUAUAGGAAUAACCCAAUAACCCUCCAGACAGUUCCUUGGGAAUGGCCCUAUAGGAAUAACCCAAUCCCCUUCCAGACAGUUCCUUGGGAAUGGCCCUAUAGGAAUAACCCAAUCACUUUCCAGACAGUUCCUCAGGAAUGGCCCUAUAGGAAUAACCCAAUCCCCUUCCAGACAGUUCCUCGGGAAUAGCCUUAUAGGAAUAACCCAAUCACCUUCCAGACAGUUCCUCGGGAAUGGUCCUAUAGGAAUAACCCAAUCACCUUCCAGACAGUUCCUCGGGAAUGGUCCUUUAGGAAUAACCCAAUCACCUUCCAGACAGUUCCUCGGGAAUGGUCCUAUAAGAAUAACCCAAUCCCCUUCCAGACAGUUCCUCGGGAAUGGCCCUAUAGGAAUAACCCAACCCCCCUCCAGACAGUUCCUCGGGAAUGGCCCUAUAGGAAUAACCCAAUCCCUUUGCAGACAGUUCCUCGGGAAUGGCCCUAUAGGAAUAACCCAAUCCCCUUCCAGACAGUUCCUCAGGAAUGGCCCUAUAGGAAUAACCCAAUCACCUUCCAGACAGUUCCUCGGGAAUGGUCCUAUAAGAAUAACCCAAUCCCCUUCCAGACAGUUCCUUGGGAAUGGCCCUAAAAGGAUAACCCAAGCCCCUUCCAGACAGUUCCUCGGGAAUGGCCCUUUAGGAAUAACCCAAUCCCCUUCCAGAGAUCACCAACAAUCCCACAUAUAAGACAUGCUGGGCUUUGUGGUUCUUCAGCAGGUAGAACUUGGCAGGUUUAAUGGUUCACAUUGUUUUCAAAGAUUCAUCAUCUUAAUCCCCCCUCCC